AUGCCAUUUCAUAUUAGCAAUGCUCUUUCUACAAAAUAUUCAUCAUUACAAUAUCAAAAAAUACAUGAAUAUGAAUAUAAAAAUUUUUUAAAAACUCUUGAAAAAAAUAACAGCAAUACGACGAAUAAUAUAUAUGAAGAUAAACUAUAUAGGCGAAAUCCUCAAUCAUGUUAUAAUAAUUAUUAUUUAUUUCAACGUCAAAGUAAUUUACAAUAUCGACAAGAUCAACGAAAACUUGUUUACGAACGUAUUCAAAAAGAGAAUGUACAGUUUAGUCAAAAAUUAAUCAAUGCAAAAUCUUUUCUUAAUCGAAAUGAACAAAAAACAUCAUUUGAUAAACAUUGUAAACUUAAACAACAGUUACAACGUUAUCCAGAUUCGAAAAAAAAAUUUUCAAUUGCCAUGUAA